UGAGUACCUGCGCUGAGGCUGCCGGCCAGACUCUGUUUCCUAGGCAACACGGUACACAAACGCUGGCCCAAGCGGCACUGGCGUGAUGUGCUUCAACAAAGCAGAGCCGCUGGUUAACUACUCCUUUGGAACACGUCAGCAGAGGAAGCUCUUUCCUCACUUCCAUCCCCCAAGCUUGCUGGGGAACAAGUUUCUCCCUCUUAGGGGAGUGCCCCACCGAGGGCCUGGAUGUUACAUACCAGAAGAUCUGCAUGGCUUGGCAUACAACCUCUCUAAGAUCCCAACCAGUAGAAAAGGAUAUGCUUUUGGAGCCAGAACAGCCAUGAGGUUUAAGCCAAUCAGUAAGGAUACAACACCUCACCCAGGCAUGUACCAGACAGUCAAUCCUUGGGGACAAAAAGACAAACGAAAUUUUGCUCCAUUUAAUGCCUUGUCACCUCGAUUUAGGACAUACUCAAAGGACCCUUGUUAUCCUGGCCCUGGCACAUACAACCCAGAAACAAAGGAACCCCAGAAAAUCACCUGGCCAAUGAGAUUUGGAUCUCCAGACUGGGCUCAGAUUCCAUGUCUACAGAAAAGAACCCUGAAAGCUGAGCUGUCCACAGACAAAGACUUUAGGAAGCAUCGGAGCCGUGUGGCCUACCUAAGCCUGUAUUACAACUGAAAAGCUGUGACCACCUUCACGUGUUCCUCUUGACCAUGGAGUCUCCAGGACUGAGGACAGAGCUGCUCGUCUCCUUCUUCAUUGCUCUGACCCCCUUGUCUGCCAGCAUGAGGUCCAGGGAGGUGCAAGGGGCUCAUAACCACUAUAUGACAGCAUAAAGACUGGUUCAGAGUGCUCUCUCUCCAUGUGCUGCUUUGUCAUAUACACAUGCAGAUGGGUCUGGGGGUCCCUACUGAGUGUUCAAUGGGGUAGCUCCACUUUACUGGCAUACUGGUGGGUCCUUGCCGUCCUGCGCUGAUUCCCAGACACCAGUUUGAUGUAUUCCACCAAUAGCCCUGGUAAUAGGACACUUUUGGUCUAUAUGUAUCAAGGAUUUGGAUGGCUUGCUUGGGCUUGUAUAUGAACUUGCUAGGCAAGUUCAGAGGAUACUUAAAGGCAGAGUUAACAUUUAUAUUUUAGGAGCUCUUCCAAGUGUCUGAGUUCCCUGGUGCAGAGUGGGAAGGUCCUGAUUUGAUUGCCUUUCGCAGAUUCAUGUAACUCUUACAGAAUCACACCCCCUCUUUCCCAUUACAUCAUCUAUUAAGUCUGUCAGUCAUCAUACAUAUUGAGUUUCUAUCAUGUGUCAGGCAGAGUGGGAAGCACUGGGGAUACAGCAGGAGUCAAAAUAAACUCAUCUACUGACUCCUUGGGCCUGGACUGAAGUAGAGAAGGACUCCCCAGGGAGGCUAUGGAUUGGAUCUCCUCCCCCAACACAGUUUGCAUGAUGUUCUGAAGGCUGGCAAGUUACUCUAGGUGUGUACAUGCCAGAAUUCAUAGCAGCCACACUCAAAGUACCUAUCUAGACACUGGCCUGGUCCUUUGUGCAUAUGUAAAACCCCUCUUUUCUGUAUAUGUAAAACCGUGAAACAACAAAUCUAGUAAAAU